UUCUUUUUUAUCAGUACCAGGGAUCGAACUCACGACUGCCUGCUUGCAAGGCAGGUGCUUAUGCCGCUGAGCUAAAUCCCCAGCCCCUACUUCUGCAUUCUUUGCAAGGUAGUGGUGCCCACUCACAUGCCCACAUUCUCUGGACAGGCCUGGGUCAGGAGUGGCCUGAGGUGCUUUCUGUUAGCACCUGCCAAUUGAGUGGGAUGAAAAGGCUGUGGGCACCAUCUUACCACCAGGGUAGGAGUUGGCUGUGUACCGUUUCUGUCUGCAAAGCCUAAACUCUUCAAGGUACCUUCAUAACAUUAAAGCAGUCUUCUAGUUCUCUUCUGUUUUCAGUGGUCCUUGUCAUGGUUGGGGUUUCACAGGGCUACCAGCCAGGGUGUGGGGAUAGUGGCUUUCCAGUAGGUAUUUUUUUUCUUUGUGCCUGGGUACUCCUAGAGUGUUAGAGCUUGUCACCCUUGGCAGGCAAGGCACUUGGCAAGGAGAAAACCCACUUUUUCUCUCUGAACCCUUCCCCUGAGAGCAAGGGGCCUGCCUGGGGUCUGUAGGCUGUGCCCUUGGCUGUGUGAGUGGCAUAGCCCCAGUGACGGGCUCUCAUGUGUUUCUUACCCAUUCUCCAUUGGGUGAGUUUGGUGUUGCUGAGCUGUGCUAUCCUGCAGUGUUAACUGGGUCAUCUGGGAGGAAGACAAGUGCAGCUAUCUUCACUUCUCUCCAGCUACUGCCUUGGGUGGCUGUAGAAUGGAUGAUUAGUUACAUCAUUGGAACUCAAGAGGGUAACCUAGCCCAGUAGUGCAAGUGUUUUAAACUGAGGAGGAAGACCCAGCUGUGGUGGUAUACAGUUGUAAUCCUAGCACUCAAGAGGUUGAGGCAGGAGGAUCUCUGUUAGUUUGAGAUCAUCCUAGGCUAUAUAAUGAGUUCAAGUCUAGCCUAAACAGACAUACAAGACCUUGUCUCAAACAAAACAAAACAAAAACCCAGAAAUUAAACAAAAAACUGAAGAGAGGGCCUAGAGGAGGAUUGCCCUAUUCAGCUUCUUCUGGUUCUUCAAUUCCAGCUCAGGGUCUCUCCCCCACCCUGAAGCUGGUCCUCACCUCCUCUCCUACCCCAGUACACAACCUCUGCUUCCCUUCAGCUUCAGCUCUCUCUCUCUAUAGUGUAAUGGUUUGUCUGCUUGACUGAGCUCCAUGAAACAUGAGCCCUCCUUUACCUCUGUGUCCAUACACUGAUUAGGAUGGAUCGUUAAAAACCGUGUGGGAUAAACGCAUUGCUGUCCAAGUACAAAGGUCUCCAUAUUGGGGCAGAUGGAGAUGAGGUGAGAGACCUGGUGCCCGGUGUGCCACCCUUUUUAUCAGGGUAGGCCAGGUGUUCCUAGUCAGCUCCACCCUUUCUAAGACUUAAAAAGCCAAGGACUGGCUCCUCUCCACUUCUCAGCUUGUCAGCCUUGCCUAUCCUUAUCUUUGAGGGUGAGGAGGGUACCCUUUCCAAAGCUGGCUGGCCCAUCUGGGGCUGAGAGUUUUGUUCCCCCUUGCAUGGUCCAUGCCAACACAGGCUGCACACAGAUGACUGCCUUUCCUGUCUGCUAAAUGAAUAAGGGGCCAAUCUAUCUUCAGAAUGCGUGAGGCAGACCUUCCUGGGUUCCUGAUGCACACGCCAAAGAAGAUGAGUCAAGGACCUACCCUUUUCUCUUGUGGAAUUAUGGAAAAUGACAGAUGGCGAGACCUGGAUAGGAAAUGCCCUCUUCAGAUUGACCAACCGAGUGCCAGCAUCUGGGAAUGCCCCCCUGAAAAGUGUCAGGACAGCUCAUUGUGGCACCGAGAGGCGGUGACCACCUGUGCAGUGACCAGCCUGAUCAAAGAUCUCAGCAUCAGUGACCACAAUGGGAACCCCUCAGCACCCCCAAGCAAGCGCCAGUGCCGGUCACUGUCCUUCUCUGAUGAGAUGUCCAGCUGCCGGACGUCAUGGCGCCCCUUGGGGUCCAAAGUCUGGACUCCUGUGGAGAAGAGACGGUGCUACAGUGGUGGCAGUGUCCAGCGCUACUCCAACGGUGCCAGCACCAUGCAGAGGAGCUCCAGCUUUAGCCUCCCUGCCCGGGCCAAUGGGCUCUCCUCACCCUGCCACCAGGCGGGACUGCACCACCGCUUUGGGGCACAGCCCAGCAGCCAAGGAGCCUUGGGCUCACCCCCCUGUGGACAGGCAGGCGACCCUUGGAGCCCUGACCCACACCCUGUGGGUGGGGGCCGUCUAGACCUGCAGCGGUCCCUCUCCUGCUCACAUGAGCAGUUUUCCUUCACGGAAUACUGUGUACCCUCAGCCAACAGCACACCUGCCUCAACGCCAGAGCUGGUGAGACGUUCCAGCGGGCUCUCCCGCAGUCGUUCCCAGCCAUGUGUCCUUAAUGACAAGAAGGUUGGUGUGAAACGGCGGCGUCCCGAAGAUGUGCAGGAGCAGAGGCCUUCCCUAGACCUUGCCAAGAUGGCACAGAACUGUCAGACCUUCAGCAGCCUCAGCUGCCUGAGCACGGGGAUGGAGGACUACAGCCCUCAGAGCCCCUUCGCUGUCCACGCCAGCGGCACCCGGUCCUGGGCCACCUUGCUGUCAGCCUCCAGCCCAGGGGGCAGGACCCCUGCCGGGACCCCAGCCCCUGAGCCUUUCCCUGCCUCCUUUGAUGACCGCCUCACCUGCCCGGAGGACCUGUCUUGUGAGGAGUCAGAUGGCUGCUCCCUGGAUGGGGACUGUGGCAGAAAGGGGGAGCUAGCUCCAGCCUGGAGGGACUGUGGGGCCACUGGGAAUAGCCUCUGCUCACUGGAUGGCGAGUUGGACAUUGAGCAGAUAGAGAACAACUGAGGGGCUGAGACCCUGGUCCAGGCUGGGGGUGCUUCUCUCUGGGCCCUAUGUGGACACUUGCAGGGGGGACCCCAGCCCCUUCCCCAGAGGUUUCAGGUCCCAGGGAGGAGCUGUCUGGCUCCGUGAAGGCUGGCCUGGCUGUGCCCCACAGCGGGACACGUCAGCCUCUCACCAGCUGUCAAGCACGUCAGCCAGUGGGUCCACGGAACUACUGUAGCCCACAGAGCAGCUUUUUGGUUUGGUCUUUUCUGCCUUGUUCCUUGUGCGAUGUUGGGCAGUUAUUCCCGGCAGGGCUGGGGCCAGGUCCAUUGGGCCAUUUCUGGGCUCUGCUUGGCCUCAUUCAGGUUCACUCGGGGAGUCGGCCCCAGUCUUUCACUCAGUUUAUUCUGUGCCUUCUUUCCCAGGUCUCUCUGCUCCCGGGAAGGUGCAGGGGACACUCCUUCUGUAGUAACACCAGAACCAUUUGGCCUUAAUCCCACACAGGGGCACCAGUGUGGCCCUCUCAAGGGUAAGCCCUGGUCUUGACUCUAGGGUGCUUGUUAGACACCAUCGCACUGGGUAGACCCUUGGCUGAAGGGCAUAUCCGUUUGCCUUGUCAAGGUCACAGAGCAACUGCUCCAUCCCCUGCCCCUUGAAGGGCUGCCUUGGCUGCUGCUGAUGGCAGCCAUCUCCAAUGGCUCCUGGUUCCUGAAUCACAAGCUUGAUUGAUUCAGGUGAGUGAAGGGAUGUCAUAAGAAAAAGGCGACUUCUUAAAAUGCCCUCAGGAGACAGGAAUGUGAGCAGGAGCACAAACCCAGCCCCUGUGCAGGUUUCAACGGUGAAGUAUGUCUGGGGCUGUUCUUGGAGCCAGGGAGGGCCUUCGAGCUCCCUGCAGUAUCCCAGUGUUUCUCAGUGCACAUUCUCCAGUGUUUGCAGGCACCAGGCUUAGGCAGAGUGCUCUGUCCCCUGCAAAACACGAAGCCCUGUCUGGUGAAGGAGCCAGUCCUAGGUGCUGCCUGCGUAAGGCAGCCGCAGCCACCAGCAUGGCUUGUCUCAACCUACACCCUCCCCAGCCCCUCUCCCCUGGCACAGACUGUCCCUCAGGCUGUGUGCUCAGGAGCCCCCCAGCCCACCUCACACCCAUACCACAGGCCUCCGUGCUCUGGGAACGUGGCUGUUAGCAAACUUGGCAUCUUCUACAAACAAUAGUAAGUGGGCUGGCUAAUGAGUGGCUUAUUUUCCCAUAAGGCUGAAAAUCUCUGGUGUGUUCUCUUAUGUUCGCUGAGAUGUGAUCAAAACACUGUUGCAGUCACUUUGCUUUUGCUUCCAUUCCAUGGACCAGCAAGCGACUCACGUCAGCAAAUUGAGUUCAAAUGUUUCUCACCUUUCUCCACUAAAGAACCUGGUUGGGAAACUUCGUUUAAAUCUUCACUUUUCCUUAUACCAGAGGGUAGUGGCUCCAGUUUUGAUUUGUAGGUAGUAUUUCUUUAAAAAUCAGCCAGAAGUUGCUUGCAGGAAGCCCUAUCCUCAUGGCCCUCAGAGGCUGCGUGGACAGCUUCAGGGUGGACAGCGUAACAGGUAUGCCCAGCACAUCCUUUGGUGGAGACCCAGCUCACCCAUUUGCUGUGUCUCCCGCCAGAGGCCUAAAAAGCCAAAUCAGAGUGUAGGCAGCUCUGGGUGGACAAAAAUAUGGCACCUCACCCCUGUAUGUUGAUGGUGGAGGCCUCAUCUUCUCAGAGCAAGUUGGAGGAGGAGGAAGGUAGUUGAGAGGAUAUAGCAACGCACUGCCAGUGCCUUUUCCCCAGAAAACCAGGAGGGGGUUCUGGUACCUGGUGUGACCAUACCAAGCAUGGUGACAAUGGGAGCACAGCCCCAAGCAGAGAAAGGCAGAGAUAGGGUUCCUUCUGUCUGGUCCACUCUGCAGGGCCAGCUAAGGCCAAGACAGGCAGCAGCCACCAGCUGCCUCUCCUAAGAGUCAGGGUAGGAGGCACCUACUGGCAGGUGUGUCGUGGCUGUAGUGCUGGUGACCUGUCCUCUUGGCUAAAGAACAACUAGUGGAGCUUACUGAGUCACAACCUAAUCUAGCCCAGGGGUCCUUAAGGACAAAUGUCCAGGCCCAUGGGGCAUUUGGCCCUUUCCAGCCUCACAGGCCCUUUUUAACUAUCCUGUCCCUGUUCCCCUAGCGCAGGCAGGUAGCAGUGGCAACUGAAGGACAAUAUGGUGGUGCCUUUCUGGUUAUAGAAAGAAAUGCCCUCCCUUUCACUUUGUGGUCUUCUUUUGAUUGAGCAGGCCCCCUCUAGGAGGUGUCCUGCUGACUUAGCAGCCAUACUGUUCUGUGGUCCACUCUGCUGGCCCCAGGACUCCGUCUUGGUGCUCUUGGGCAGGAGUACCCGGAAGACCUCUCUGGCCCCUCCUAUGGGCAGUGGGCAGGUGGGCUCACCCUCACCAGCAUGGUGGCUUCAGCUGGUGGCUGCAGCAGAAGCCUUGCCUUGUUGGUUGGGUCUGUGAGACCUGCCUUUGGCAGAGCUGAGGAGGUGCAAGCUCUGGAGAGUAGACUGAACCAGGUGCCCAGAGGCCUGGAAGGAUACGUGGAGUAGGAAGUGGGGUUUCCUGACAUGCAGUGUCCCCAUUCACUCCAGAAGCCACUGAACUGACAGGAGCUGCCUUUGGUCUAGGUGCCAGGCCUGGGUCAGGGCCACAGCCUAGCCGUUUACAUGACUGCAAACCCUCUUGCCUUAUUCUUGGGCAGUGGAGGCUAGAGCCUGGCCCAGAGGCUGGGGAAGACACAUCCCGGCCCCAGGGAGCUUGUUCUUAAUACAUAGAGAUCUUCAUCCUCAGAAAGCCUUACUUUUCAACCAAACUUUUAUAUCAGGAAAGUUUUUGAAUUUGUACAUUGAAUGAAAAUUUUCGUAAAAGGCCACAUAGAAACGAAAACCCAUUUCCAGACGGGGCUCCUGGUAUAGAUCAGUGUGACGCUCUGACACUACCAAGGGGUGUUCAGGGCACUGUCUGCCCGAGCAAGCUUCCCCUGCAGUGAAAGCACACCCUAGGUCCUGUGCCCCACAUGAGCCUGGUGGCCAUGGGGCAGCCAGCUGAACACCUAGGGCUCUGCCCAAGUAGGCGGUGAUGCUGCACCUUGCCAUACCCAUGCUGCUGACCAAACCCUUCCCCCUGGCACCAGAGAAAACCAUGCUUCUUAGACGAGAAAGGUGGUUUAACAAGUUGCAGCCCGUAAGUGGGGCUUUCGUAGCCUAGGUAGGAUAGUCUGACCUUCUAGCAUAGUUUUGUUGGCAAAUGAAUUGAGUUGUCAGUGCGUGGGGGCAAUGCUGGGAGUUGGGGGACAGACAUGUAGGCCACACCAGGGUUACGUGGAUUUCUUCCACCCCUGCAGUGUCAUGUUGCAGCGCUUCAGCAAUCCUGGUGGCCAGGGUAGUGCUGUGCCAGGUUCCUGCUAGAGCAAAGCAGUCUGCACACACAGGCGCUGGGGCUUUCCUACCACCGCUGCCCUCCGAUCCUGUCCUCCCACGCAGGCCACGACUGUCUUGCACUAGAGCCGCUCUAGUCUCAGGAAUUUGCUUGUUACUUUUACUGUGUAAAUAAAGCUUCCGGGAUCAAUACCCAAA